UUGCUCUCUCCUAUUAUGGAAUCACUGUUUUGAAACGAAUUCUUGCACGGAAUGCAAAGGUUAAUAGAAAGACGAUAUUAUCAACUCUUCGACCAAAUGCAGAAGAAAAUCCUGUCUUAUUAAUAGGCUUUUUUCAUCCGUAUUGUAAUUCUGGUGGAGGAGGCGAAAGAGUUCUAUGGACCAUUAUUCGUAUUAUACAAGAGGCGUAUCCGUAUGUCGUCUGCGCUAUAUAUACAGGGGAUACUGAUGUAAAGAAAGAAGGCAUAUUGCAAAAAGUCGAGGCGCGCUUUAAUAUAGUGCUCAACCAGGAUACAUUGACAUUCGUACAUCUGAAGAAGAGAAACUUAGUUGAGGAUAGACGAUAUCCUCGGUUUACCCUGCUUGGACAAAGUCUCGGUUCCGUUUUCCUUGGAUGGGAGGCUUUAACGACGCUUGUUCCAGAUAUUUUUUUUGAUACCAUGGGAUAUGCAUUUACAUAUCCCCUGGUGAAGUAUCUAACAAAUUGUAAAGUCGCCGCGUAUGUUCAUUACCCUACCAUCAGUUCGGACAUGCUGAAUAAAGUUCAUGAAAGAAGAACGGGUUUCAACAAUGAUGAGGCAAUCGCCAAUAGUUCGCUAUACAGCGAUUUAAAACUAAUUUGGACUAAAGGUCAUAUUGAUGAACUGUGGGGCACGGAUAGCAAAGUUGUAUUUCCUCCAUGUGAUACUACUGCAUUCUCAAGACUAUCAAUAGAAGGCAGGGCAAACAUUAUUGUCAGCGUGGCUCAAUUUAGGCCAGAAAAAGACCAUCAAUUGCAAUUAAAAGCGCUUCAAAAGUUCUUGCAGAAAUAUGCCGAGUUUCGGACAGGACCUGCAGCAGUCACGCUUGUGCUUAUUGGUAGUUCAAGAAAUGAAUCAGAUGAAUUGCGCGUAAAACAAUUGAAAGAACAAUGCAAAAACUUGAAUAUCGAACACAAUGUCAUUUUUGAAACCAAUGCACCCUUUGCAAAACUUAUCGACUGGAUGGCGAAAGCAAAAGUUGGAAUUCAUACAAUGUGGAAUGAACAUUUUGGAAUAGGAAUCGUUGAAUAUAUGGCAGGAGGAGUAAUUCCGCUUGCACACAACUCAGGUGGUCCAAAAAUGGAUAUUGUCGUGUCAUACAAGGGCGACAAGACAGGAUUCUUGGCAAGCGAUGACGAGUCUUACGCAUCAGCAUUACAUACAAUAUUCACUAUGUCUGACCUUCAACAGCGGAACAUUCAGAUUAAUGCACGCCAGCUCGCCAUGGAAAAAUUUUCAGAAAAAGUAUUCAAAGAUUCUAUUCUAGAUGUUCUAAAAUCAAUUUUAUCGGAAUCUCAGGAUUUUUGA